AUGGAUACUAGAGCUAAUCGCCUACGGCGACAGGCAAAACUACGCAGCAAAUAUGAGACAGCAGCAGAGAGCAUCCUAGAAUCAUUCUUACUUGAGCCUAAAAAGUCCUUCUCCUCAUGCGACUUGGCCAGGCUUGGGAUUGACCUAAUGCCUUUCGACCCCUUUGACCAAGACUUCCUCCAGUCUAGAAAAUGCCUGUUUAAACCGCUUCCAAAAGAUGUUUUGGCUGAGUACUUCAUCGACCCUUCAGAGCUGCUGGAUGGGGAUCAUACGGCCCUAAAGUGGCUGGAGCAUCCAUCAUCCUCUGUCAAUCUCUCGUCUCCAUUGCGUGCAGCUGUGACAAUCUUCAGCUACCUUGAGACCACAUAUCUCCACUUACAAAGGAAGACACCGAAAGGCUACCUAUUUGAGGUGGCUAAGUGGCAGUUUAUCAUGUGCGAUGAUGAUUUUCACGACGCGAACGGUUUUUACAACCACCCAUUUCCCUCUCCGAUGCCUGUCUGGUCAUACCUGUAUAUGAUGCAGCACUGUACUGAACAAGGCGGCAAGCUUAUAACUCUCCCUCAUCUUCAGCUCAUCAUGGGCAAUGAUGCUGUUCCUAAGGAGAACGAGAUUCUGCCGGGCGAACUGGGUCCCAUAGUGCAAGGAAUCCUGGCUCGUCUAAACCAGCCUGACUUUGACCACACAUCUCUUUUUCCGGUCCAAAUGCUCUCCCUCUUUGGACCGCGCGAUGGCCGUAUCCUCCAGGCUCGGUUCUAUCCCUCUGGUCGGCUGGUGAUCCGGGCCACCCAGAUCUACCGCUUUGAGCGCCACAAUCAAGACGACCUCGCGACCCUAUUCUUGCGUUUCUGGCUGUCUGAGCCGUGUAUCGGCGACGAAUACGAGUUCUAUGUUGAUGAGGAGUCCCCAGGAGGUCUCCCGCAGGCUGUGAUUGCUCUCUCGUCGACUUCGGUGGUCAAAGCGAAGCAAGUCUCCCACGCAUAUUCUUGA